GAGGCAGCCUUCCCAGCUCCAGCAGAACCCAUCGUCGCGAUGCACAGCAAGAGCGUGGUUCUCCGCAGCUCUGGAAACCUGACCGCGGCCGAAUUGGGUUGCCAGGUAUCCGAGAGGGAUACGGCGCGGAAGGAAUCCUUUUCGGCGGAAUGGAAAGACCUGUCACUCAGCACCAGGCCUGAGGAAGGCUGGUUGUGGUCCAAGGUGGACAGACGGCGCAAGGAAACCUACCACCAGCAACAGGAGGCCCGGGUCGUGGUGCAGCGGUCUCCAUGGGGCAUCCUCCGCCUCGGGCUUUUGGGGGAACCCCUGGCCUCCUACCACCUGCCCUACCAGCGGGCCCUGCCUCUCCCCAUCUUCUCCCCCGCCAAGCUGAGCGGCAAGGCUGAACAGGAGCCGACGCCCACCCCUUCCGAGUCGGUGGAGUCCUUGCCCCCCACGGGCGUUUGUUUCGACAAGAUACCCCUGGGCGAGAUCACCAAGGAGCUGCCGCCCGUCAUCCAGCCCAGCCGCCCCGAUUUCCGGAAAGCGGGCCUGCCCCGCUCGCUGUCCCGCUCCAUGUCUCAAGAGGCCCAGAGGGGCUGAAGCGGUGGGACCCCCCCACUUCUCUGCUUUCCCUUUGGGGACUGGCUUGG